AUGGAGGGUGCAGCCGCUGGCGUCCCGCUCCAGCCUGCGGCCGGUCGCAUCUGGCACUGCUCCGGGGGUGGCCGGAGGCAGCACCGGCCCCGGCCCCGGCCAGGGCAGCGCCCAGGGAGCAGCCCUGCUUUAUGGAGGCCCUGGAUGCUCACAGCAAGAGACGGUGAGAUGACAGAGAAUCAACAAAUGUCAGCACUGGAUGGUCAGCUAAUAAAUUUUAGAUCAAAAGGAGCCCUGGGGUUUCAACAUCCAGUGAGACUCUAUCUGCCCAAAUCCAAAUCCCAAAAGUUUCUUAAUAACAUCGGAGAGAAGGUUCUGGCGAGUUUUCCAGUACAAGCUACAAUUCACUUCUACAAUGAUGAUACUGACUCUGAUGAAGAUGAAGAAGAAAUCAGCUCAGCCUAAUAACGAACAGUGGUCAGCCUUGAAAAACACAAAAUAAAAUGUAAAAAAAUCAAGAGAUAAAAAAAGAACUGUCCAAGACAUAUGGACAAACAUCUGAUUGAACAAAGAAAUUCAUCAAAGCUCUAAAGAAAAUUAUUUAUAACUAUCUUACCAAGAAGAAUGAGUCAAUGAAACUGGA